UGUUUACGUAACUUAAGUAGUUUUUGGCUAAAAGCUUCUAUAAAACAUAUCAGACGGAACUUACAGAUAAAUGAAAACCUAACGUGAAAUAUUAUCGUACGUUUUUAGAUGUGGACGAGUGUUCUAGCAAUGCUCACAGCUGUGAUGUCAACGCAGUGUGUACAAAUACCCAAGGAUCGUAUUCCUGUGCAUGCAAAACUAACUAUACAGGAAAUGGUACAACAUGUGUACUUGGUAAGGACGUACUCUAUACUUUAUACAUAGGCUGCCUGAUUCACCAAAGUUCCAACAAAUGCAAAGAUGAGUUUAUAUAAAAAUUCAACAACUACAGUCAACUCUCGAUAACUCGAAAUUUCGAGGGAAAUCGAAAAAAGGUUCGAGUUAUCGGGAGUUCGAGUUAUCGGAAUCCCGAAGAAAAUAGCCGAGAGUAACUUAAAAAAGCAGUUUUUACUGCAUAGUGAACAUUUUAGUCACAUUAAUUGUAGAAAUUACAAGUGAAAAUUAAAAGAUACUUCUAGAUUAUAAAUUAGAAUGUAACGUAACAAAACAUAGCCUAAAUAGAGCAUGCGUUUUACUGUUUUAAGAAGAAAAGCUGCUUCACGUUAGCCUGUGACAAUCAACAUCAGCCUUCAGCCUCCACUAGUGAACUAUACUCCUACAACACGUCAAUAGGAAAUCCAAAAUUCAAUGUUUUGGACGCCCGUAGACAGCUUUUUUCCCGACUUUUAAAGGGCUCAAAACAUGGUUCGAGUUAUUGAGGGUAAAAUAUAUAGAAAAUGACCUGAGGGGAAACGAAAAUUGGUUCGAGUUAGUGGGUGUUCGAGUUAUCGAGGUCUCGAGUUACCGAGGGUAAAAUAACAGUGAAUGUAUGACGGAAAUCCAGAAAGGAACGUGAAGUUUUGCGAAAAAUUCUUUCAAACAAUAUUUUUGUCAGGCUUGUCUUGUCACACAAGGUUUGCCCUCCCAUUCCCCCUACCCCCCCAACCCUCCACUCUUCUUACCUCUCCCGUUCUGUUGUGCAAGUUCACUAUUCUGAACAUGGGGACUGUAAUUUAUGCAGAAAUUAUACCCCAAGGAGAUGGAUAAUAAAUGAUAAUUUCACCCUGCGUACAUGGGUGGGAGAGCGUACAGCAGUAUUUCACUUAAAAGAGAUUAGGUGUGAGUAAUACUUUCCGCCGAGAUAAGUUUGGGCAAGAUGAUACUUUGUUCAGUUGUUUUAAGAAGUUACACACUCAUUCCAAAGGGUUCGAUACGUUUACAUGACGAUACAGUCAAACAUCCGCUCCGCACUGAAAAGUCACAAGACAAUAAAAUUAUGUCAUAAUAGUACUGAACAAAUAUAUUAAGUUUACUUUGCUUUAAACUCAGUCCUAUGUAUAUUUGUACCGAUGAUUCUUUGAGGCUUUCGCUUUACAAAACGAGCUAAGCCCAGUUGUUCAAAAGGUGGAUAACGCUAUCCACUGGAUAAUGAUCUCUAUCCGGUGGAUAGCGCAAUUGUUUUUCCUAAUGCUUAUCCGGCGCUGGAUAGUGAUUUAUCCGGUGAAUAGCGCUAUCCAACGUUUGAACAACUGGGACCUGGAGUGUAAAAAAGCCAUGUAACAUCGGCAACGCCCUAGAAGAAGAGCCACAAAGUAAGUGAGUUAUAGCGAAAACUAAAAUAAAACCAAUAUAAAACUAAUAUAAAAAUCAUUAUGAAACUUCUUUGCAAUACUAACCAGAAAAACAACGCUGUACUUACCCUAAAAGGCCAAUUAGAGAAACAAAUAUAUAGUGUAAGUUAGUAACCAAUAUGACGAAAGCUUUAUUUUUUUAUUCUUUAUUGUUAUUUUAAAGAGACGCUAUAACUAAUGUUGUUCAUCAGUUAAGCAUUGUUGAUUAUUGAUAAUUUUUAAGAAUAUCCAAUGGAUCUUCUCCUUUUUUCAGCACCAUUCAAUGCUGCUUUUACAAACCUUGGUACUAGCGGAAGACAUUUAUAUAGUAAAACCCCAACUGGGGCCAAUGCGCCAUGGGAUUCUUUGUUUUGAUCGUUGCCCCCUUUGUACCGGGGUGGUGAUUUAGAUAAGCGUGCACAUUCAGAGGUUUAACGAUGACCUUAAGCAAUAACUGCUUUGAUAUACUUUUUCAUCAUCCAGUAUCCUUCAGCGCGGUCUUCACAAACCUAGGUUCGAGUGGGAGACUGGGUCCAACUUCUCUUGGUAGUUACUACAGUGGACAGGAUCAUGACGGUCAAGUUAUAUUGCUCAGCGGUAUUCAACAAUGGACUGUACCACGAACAGGUGACUACAGAAUAGAGGCAAUAGGAGCUGCAGCGGGGUACGACACCCAAAGUAGCGGAGGGAUAUAUCGAGGGAGAGGCGCUAGAAUGAAAGGGACUUUUCACUUAUUUAAAAGCGAAACCAUUCAGAUACUCGUGGGUCAAGAGGGUGGAAUCAACAAGUAUGAUUCGACUGCUGGAGGCGGUGGAGGUACAUUUGUAGUCAGAGGAAGGAGCACGCCUUUGAUAGUAGCUGGAGGAGGCGGAGGCAUGGAUUAUUCAAGAUCAAGACAUACAGAAUGUGAUGCUUCCACGGGCACAGCAGGGAGAGCUGGGUAUUUGUCAUGGUCAGGAGGAAGCGGUGGAUACGGAGCUCAAGCCUUUGGCAACAGCGAUUCAGGUUAGUGAAAUGCAUGACGAACAUUUCAAUCGCUAACACUUGUAAAAAAAAGUCCCAUUUUUUUCAGUUGUGUGGGUGUGUUCGAGCAACUCGCUCGCUACACGAUGAGGUACCAGGAAUCUGAUUUACAUCUUGCCUUUAUUCUUCUUAAUCUUCUAACUCUUCCACUUUUUCAUUAACUUACUUCUCCUACUUCUACUCUACUUCUCUACUUCUACUCUAAUUCUCCUACUUCAGGUAUAGUAGCUGUUUUAAUAGCCAAAGCUGGACAUGUUUGGGUUAGCUGACCGGAAGAGUUUCUAUUGUAUACCUUAUCCCUAACAUUGCAACAGGUUUGCUAUUGUUAGGGAAUAGAUUAGCCUACGCACAGCCGCAACUAAUAAGUACCAAAGGACGAAGGUCAGCCAGCCCUAACACCACAAACACGACCACCUGUUAAAAACUAACAUCUGACAGUGCCAAGCGAAUAACAUUCCUAAUGUGGCAAUAAGUAAAUUCGCCAGCUAAGCAUAAAUUAAAGUACAAGUAAAAACAAAAGAUCAGAACAGGAAAACAGUACGUGGACAAAAACAAGACUUAAGGAAACAAAAACUAAACUUAAAAGAUAAGAUAGAUCUGUCUUAAAAAUAACUAUCAAAAUACUUCACAACACAGGUUAGCAGAUGAAAUCAUGACUGGGACGAAAACCAGGGGAUGUUUCUUUGUACAAAUGAUAACAAAAUAUUGCUUAGCAAGGCUCGUAAUAAAAGGUUGCCGCAACUGCCAUGAAGAAAAUGGCGUAGCAUUCGUUUUGUAGUUACAGAAGAGCUGUAGUUGGGGGCGGUAAUAAUAGCUGGAAUUGUACACUCGAGGCAAGAAUAUCGCUCGAAGCCUUCUUUUUUAAUUACAACCAAUAGGAUAACCUUAAUAUUUUUCAAAACGUUUUCCUUCUACUCGCAGUCAGAAAAUGUCUGAAGAUCAGACUUUUCAAGUUCAGAUCAUUGUCUCAAAUCUUACUAAUGUGCGUAGUAACGGCAUUAAAGAACGCUUGACUUCAUGAAACCAGAAAAAAAAAAUUAAAUGCAAUAUGAUUACUUAAGCUUACCGGUCGAGAUGCAGCUCGUGAAAGCUAUUAAAUAACGCCAGAAUAGCUUAAGACUUUUCAACGCUCUUACGCGUCCAUCAAGGCGAAAUAAGCUUACUAAGAAUACAGUAGCUUAUUUUUGAAACGAUGAUUCCCGAUUACUUUUUGCCCAACCCAAUAAACAAGCCAGCCAAUAAUGACAAAAUAAUCUUGAUAGCAGCUGUAUUUCUCUUUGAAGAUCCAGCGCUAAAAGAAGGUUAAAACAUGAUAAGAUGACACAAAACUGUGUCAGCUUCAGCCAUCAGUAAACAAGUGUCCAGAUACUGCAUAAAUUUUCCACAUGAAUCCUCGCGUAAGCUUUCGCCUGUUAAUUCUUGCUUUACCUGUUAAAAACCUUCUUGAUGUGCUCUUUCGUGUGUUUAGGUCUUCUAAAGCGUCUUUUAAUGCCCUGACAUCUUUAUUCAUAACAUUUUAAAACUUCCGUGGCCAUCUUGGCACUGAGACGUCCGGAAGGUUGCCAUGGCAAUUUUGUAUUUUCACAUGUGAAAUGAUAAAUUAACGCCGAAAGCUCGCUCCAAAAUUAUUUUACGUGAAUAACCUAUCAUCAUGAGCCAAAAGUUUUCUUUCAAUAAUAAACAGGCAACAAUGUUAACUGUAUUUAUGAGCUUGUCUUGCGUCUAACCCCAAGGCCUAACCCUUCGCUAGAUGAUCUUGAUGCUCUAGGGAAAUCCCGUAUUUAAUAAUAUAAGUUUGAAUAGAAAAGGAGAGACGCUUUCAAAGUCAUGCUAUUUGCUUGAUUGCUAGUGCAUGCUUCUCUAGCUUUAACUUGGAUAUUUUUUUUCCAGGUGGCGGCGGUGGUGGCUUUUACUCCGGUGGGAGAAGCUCAAAGCAGUUCGGGGGUUCAGGGAAUGGCGGAGAAGGAGGCAAAGGAUUUCUUCAAGGGGGAGUGGGUGGAAGAGCCUGGUACAACAAUAUCGAAGGAGGGUUUGGAGGAGGUGGUGGUGCUUAUGGACGCGGAGGAGGUGGUGGAGGUGGCGGAGGCUACUCUGGAGGAGGUAGCGGUGUAAAUAUAGCGGAUGCCUGCGGAGGAGGGGGAGGAUCCUACAGCGCUGGAAAGAAUCAGCAAAAUGAAUGUUGUUACAAUACAGCUGGACAUGGUCAGGUGACCAUAACAUUAAUAUAGAUUAGAAUACAAAGCAGUGUGGCUAUACCCGUCUCCAAAAGUCGUUUGGUAUUACAAAAAAGAAAUGUUAAUUACAUUGUUAUUACAUCUCGCAUAAAAGAUAAGGAGGAUAUUAGCAUCUUCCCAGCGUGUCUUGCGCGUAUUUCGGGCUGAUUGUUUACGGUCUGUCAGAUGAAAACCCGAAUUUUACUUAAAGUUUCGGAGAAAUUUUCGCCGCUUUAAAGAUGAGAUAUGGAGGUAAAGGAGGUCUUAGCGUAAUUUCUCAUCUUUCAUUAGGAGACAGAAUAAUUUCUUGAUUAAAUUAUCCUGUUUUCUGUAAGAUUUGACCGUGUGACCUUUCUCUCGUCAUGCAUCACUGCUUAUCUGUUGUUGACGGGGGAGGGAUUGGGGUUGAAUUAUUCAUUUCGGUAAUCAAACGAGGAGUACGAUUGAGAAUUGAAACAGAAAUCCACUCUGUUAUACUUUAAACAUUCUAAGGGCCUGUUUAUAUGGAGGAGGGGACCACAGCCGAGGUAACCUGCUUAGGUGGGUAACCCGUUUGUCCAUAUAAUCUCUCAUUAGGGCCUGUUUACAUGGAGGUGGGGGACCCCAGGUAGGUGAGAUAACCUGCUUUGGUGGGUAACCCGCCUGUCCACAUAAUCUCAUUAUAAUUUGAUCACGUUUACAUGAUAGGUGGGGUGACCCGCCAUAUUUUACCUCACCUACCUGAGGUCCCCCACCUCCAUGUAAACAGGCCCUAAAGAAACCAAUCGACUCCUUUCGACUCCACACUUUCCCAGAAACUUUUCAUCUCAAACAUGAGGUACUUUUAGGGCUAUCUACUAUGAUAAGAGACAUUACCUCCCUUUGCGCGCGGAGUGCAUCUGGUAAUAUUUUCAACAAGUUUCCAUUGAAAUAGGAUUCCAUUUACUUUUUCGUAUAUUCAGACAGGGGAUUACUGUAACUGUGGCUGUUUCACGGCAGUGGUGUUGGAGGUGAACAGUGUUUGAAGCUGCGAAGACGCGUACAUGUUUGUAUUUUUGCCAGCUCAGUAAGUGGGUUAUGGGCUCCUGGUGGCGACCAGUAACUGGUCAGACAUGUUUAUAACCAUGGAUGUAUUAAAAAUCGCGUACCGAGUUUUUCGCAGCCAGAUUCUUUGACAUCUUCUACAUUCAAUGCAUAUUUCACUCCAGAUUAAGUAGCCAGCGUUUGAGAAGUAUUAUUGACAACAACAACAACAACAUAAGCUUUAUUUGCAUGACUAUAAUUAUGUAGUUACAGUAUUGCAAAAGCUUUAACAUAAAAAAAAACAAACAAACAAACAAACAAAUCAUAACAAUGAUAAUGCAAUGCAAUAAUUACGGUAGUCAAUCAAGUGUCAUCAGCAUGAUUUGAUAACAAAUUAUUACGUAAAUCAUUACAUAAUGAGACAAAUUUCAACAAAUGUGAAUUUACGGAAAAAUUCUGUGAAUUCAUCAAUUUAAUUAUUAAUUCUGUGUAAGAUAGCUGAUUAAAGUCGACAAAAUUUUGUUGGAUUUGAUUGUAGAAUUUCUCCCUUGGGAUUGAGUAUUUUGGACAAUGAAAGAGAAAAUGAAAUUCGUCUUCAAUUUUACCAGAGUUACAAAUAGGGCAGAAUCUAUCGUGGCGGGAAGUUUGAUUAUAUCUUCCAGUUUCAAUCAUGAGUUUGUGGUUACUUAUACGAAUUUUCACUAAAUCUUUCCUAUUAGCAGAAUUUCUAAUUAAGUCUAGAUAACUUGAAAUUUUAUAAUCAUGUUUAAAUAAGCUGUAAAAUUGUAGUUUCUUAGAAUGAUGGAUUGUAUGUUGCCAAUAUGCAAUAUAUUGAAUAUUUAUUUUCUCGCAGACCCCCGUGACAUUAAGGGUUUAUCAGCUUUUAUUUAUACCUGGAUUUUUGAAAACAGGGUUAGCAAAAAUAGCAACUCAUUCUUUUACUCGACAAUUUAAAACAGUAAAACUCAUUCAAAUACCGAUUAAGAGCGUUUAUCUGACGCCGGGCAGUAAGUUAAUGGUCCCCAGAAGCAUUCCAACGAGUCCAAAUUUAAAAUGACGCAGUUUAGAAGCAGAGGAGGUUGCACAACAGUUCGCAAAGGAUCACGGGGCAAAUUAUCAACUCGCUGGCAGUUACAACAAAACCAUCGACCAAGACGGAUCUCCGUGAUGCACGCCUUUUUGCCGAUUUUAGCCACAAUUGUGCUAGAAUUCCGAAUAUUUCCGAACAAAACCUUUAUCCUAUCAAAGAUGUUAUAAAUUUCUCACGGCUAAGUGGUUGAGAUUCCUUUAAAACAUGUUAUUUUGGGUCGUUGAAAGUUGGCCGGCUUGUGACUUGCGAACAAAGCGAGCUGUGUCAUCUAUGUGCUUUCGCCUUUCCAGACUGAGGAGGUUAUUGCGAAUACACAUUCAACUGACCGAUUAAGAAUUCGAAUAAUGGUCAGCAGGCUAAUGGGCAUGACAAAUGUCCCACAGAUUUGAGAUUUUUAAUUGAUCGAUGGUCCGCUUGAGUUCAUUCUUUUGAUUGGUUAUUUGUAAUUUACAAGCAAUUCGAUUUUGAAGACUUCCUCAAGGAAUCAAGUCAUAAUUAAACUCAAACUCAAACUCAAAUCUUU